ACAGCCCGAGGCUGCUGCUGCCACUGCAGCGACUGGGGGAGCCGAAGGGAAGGAGGACGCUGCCACCCGCAGCCUCCGGGGCUCUGCAGCAGGGACAGCAGACUCGCCGGCGGCGCGGGCACAACGUGUGGCUGAGGCGGCUGCCCGGGUCCUGUGGUGGCGGCGGCGGGCAGGAGCAAGAGCGGAACCAUGUUCCCAGGCUGCGCGCGCCUCUGGGUCCUGGUGGUUCUGGGCACCAGCUCUGCAGGCUGGGGGAGCCCAGGGGCCGAAGCAGCGCGGCUAAGGCAGUUCUACGUGGCUGCUCAGGGCAUCAGCUGGAACUACCACCCAGAGCCCACAGGCCCGAGUUUGAAUCCUUUUGCAACUUCCUUUAAGAAAAUUGUCUAUAGAGAGUAUGAAGCAUAUUUUAAGAAAGAAAAGCCACGAUCUAGAACUUCAGGACUUCUUGGGCCUACUUUAUAUGCUGAAGUUGGAGACAUCAUGAAAGUUCACUUUAAGAAUAAGGCAGACAAGCCCUUAAGCAUCCAUCCUCAAGGAAUUAAGUACAGUAAAUUCUCAGAAGGUGCUUCUUACUCUGACCACACAUUCCCUGCAGAGAAGAUGGAUGAUGCUGUAGCUCCAGGCCAAGAAUAUACCUAUGAGUGGCAUAUCGCUGAGGACAGUGGGCCCACCCAUGAUGACCCUCCAUGCCUCACACACAUCUAUUACUCCUAUGAAAAUCUGACACAGGACUUCAACUCUGGGCUGAUAGGACCUCUGCUUAUUUGUAAGAAAGGCACCCUAACUGAUGAUGGGAUUCAGAAGCUGUUUGACAAGCAACACGUGCUGAUGUUUGCUGUGUUUGAUGAAAGCAAGAGCUGGAGCCAGUCAUCGUCCCUAAUGUACACAGUAAAUGGCUAUGUGAAUGGGACGAUGCCAGAUAUAACAGUUUGUGCCAAUGACCACAUCAGCUGGCAUCUGAUUGGAAUGAGCUCUGGGCCAGAACUGUUCUCCAUUCAUUUCAGUGGGCAAGUCCUGGAACAGAACCGUCAUAAGAUCUCAGCCAUCAGCCUCGUCAGUGCCACAGCCACUACUGCAAACAUGACUAUAAGCCCAGAGGGAAAAUGGAUCGUAUCUUCUCUCAUCCCAAAACAUUUUCAAGCUGGGAUGAAGGCUUACUUAGACAUUAAAAACUGCGCAAAGAAAACCCGGAAUCCUAAGAAACUAACUCGUGACCAGAGGCGGCAUAUUAAGAGGUGGGAAUACUUCAUUGCUGCAGAGGAAGUCAUUUGGGAUUAUGCACCUGUAAUACCAGCGAACAUGGACAAAAAAUACAGAUCUCUGCAUUUGGAUAAUUUCUCAAACCGAAUUGGGAAACACUACAAGAAGGUUGUCUACAAACAGUACCAAGAUGAGUCCUUCACCAAAUAUCUGGAGAAUUCCCAUAGCAAAGAAGAUGGGAUCUUGGGCCCUGUUAUCAGAGCCCAGGUCAGGGACACACUCAAAAUCGUGUUCAAAAAUAUGGCCAGCCGCACCUACAGCAUUUACCCUCAUGGAGUGACCUUCUCUCCUUAUGAAGAUGAAGUCAACUCUUCCUUGACCUCAGGCAAUAACACCAUGAUCAGAGCAGUGAAACCAGGGGAAACCUAUACUUAUAAGUGGAACAUCCUAGAGUCUGAUGAACCCACAGAAAAUGAUGCCCAGUGCUUAACAAGACCAUACUACAGUAAUGUGGACAUCACGAGGGACAUUGCCUCUGGGCUGAUAGGACUACUUCUAAUUUGUAAGAGCAGAUCCCUGGAUAAGCGAGGCAUACAGAGGACAGCAGACAUUGAGCAGCAGGCUGUGUUUGCUGUGUUUGAUGAGAACAAGAGCUGGUACAUUGAGGACAACAUCAACAAGUUUUGUGAAAAUCCUGAUAAGGUGAAACGUGAUGACCCUAAGUUUUAUGAAUCAAACAUCAUGAGCACUAUCAAUGGCUAUGUGCCUGAGAGCAUAUCCACACUAGGAUUCUGCUUUGAUGACACUGUCCAGUGGCACUUCUGCAGCGUGGGAACCCAGGAUGACAUUUUGACCAUUCACUUCACUGGGCACUCGUUCACCUACGGAAAGAGGCAUGAGGACACCUUGACGCUCUUCCCCAUGCGUGGUGAAUCUGUAACCGUCACAAUGGAUAAUGUUGGAACUUGGAUGUUAACUACCAUGAAUUCCAAUCCAAGAAGCAAAAACCUAAGGCUGAGAUUUAGGGAUGUUAAGUGUAUCCUGGAUGAUGGUGAAGGUUCAUAUGAGUUUAUAUUUCAACCUCCAGAAUCUACAGCCAUCACUCCAAGGAAAAUGCAUGAUUCUUCAGAAAACAGCAAUGAAGAGUUUGAUGCUGACUAUGACUACCAGAGCAGACUGGCUUCAUUAUUUGGAAUUAGGUCAUUCAGAAAUUCAUCAUUGAAUCAGGAGGAAGAUGAGUUCAAUCUUACUGCCCUAGCUCUGGAGAACAACUCGGAAUUCAUUCCUCCAAGUACUGAUACAGCUGGUGGUUCAAAUUCUUCUUCCCCAAGUAACAUUAGCAGGCUCAUUGCCAAUAACUUUGCAGACCAUCAGAAAAAUAUUUCUCACCCAGAAGCCACCACAGCUGGUACCCUCCUGGGACACAUUGGCUUAGAUAAGAACUUAGUUCUCAACCCUUCCACAGUAGAGAAUUCCAGCUCUUAUUCUGAAGACCCUAUAGAGGAUCCUCUACAGUCAGAUGUCACAGGGAUAAGCCUACUCCCACUUGAUGCAGAAGGAUUCAGAAGUCAAGAACAUGAUAAACAUAAGGGAUUCAGGGCAGGAAGAGACCAAGUAGUAAAGCACAGGUUCUCCCAGAUGGAAUUUCCAGCACAUAAAACUGGGAGACAUUUAAGCCAAGGCAACACUUCUCCUUCCAGAAUGGGGCCCAGGAAGGACCUUCCCAGUGAUCUAUUACUUUUAAAACAAAAGAAUCCGUCUAAGAUUUUGAAUGGGAAAUGGCAUUUGGUUUCUGAGAAAGGUAGUUAUGAAAUAAUCCAAGAUGCUGAUAAAAACUUGGCUGUUAAUAAGCUGCUGAACAGCCCCCAGAAUGCCUUAGGAACUUGGGGAGAAAGCAUCCCUCUUACAAACAAGCAGGGUGACCACCCAAAGUUUUCUGGAAUUAGACAUAAAUCUCCACAAGUAAGACAGGAUGGAGGAAACAGGGGAUUGAAGAAAAGCCCUUUUUUAAUUAAAACACGAAAGAAGAAAAAGGAAGAGAAGCUUGCACACCAUGUUCCUCAGUCUCCAAGGAGCUUUCACCCUCUAAGAGGAGAGGCUAACACCACAUUUUCAGACAAGAGACUUGAUCAUCCAUUGUUAGUCCAUAAGUCCAAUGAAACAUCUCUUCCCACAGACCUCAAUCAGACAUUCUCCUCUAUGAAUCUUAGCCUGAUAGCCUUACUUCUUGACCAUAAUCAGAAUCCUUCAAAUGACACCAGUCAGACAAGCUCCCCUCCAGAUCUUUAUCAGACAGUGCCCCAAGAGGAACACUAUCAAAUGUUUUCAAUUCAAGACUCUGAUCAGAUGCACUCCACUACAGACCCCAGUCACAGGUCUUCUCCAGAGCCUGGCCAGAUGCUCAACUAUGACCUCAGAAACAAGUCCUUUCCUAUGGACAUUGGACAAAUAUUCCCUUCCUUGGAACUUGAAGUCUGGCAGACAACCAUCUCUCCAGAUCUCAGUGAACCAUCCCUCUCUUCAGAACUUAGUCAGACAAGCCUUUCCCCAGACCUUGGUCAGAUGGCCCUUUCCUCAGAACUCAGCCAGGAGACCCUUUCUCCAGACCUUGGUCAGAUGCCCCUUUCCCCAGAACUCAGCCAGGAGACCCUUUCUCCAGACCCUGGUCAGAUGCCCCUUUCUCCAAAACUCAGCCAGAUGACCCGUUCCCCAGACCUCCAUCAGAUGCCCCUUUCUUCAGACCUCAGCCAGGCAACUCUCUCUCCAGAUAUCAGUCAAACAACCCUUCCUCCUGAUCUCAGGCAGAUAUCACCUCCUCCAGAUCUUGAUCAGACAUCCUCCACUUCUGAAUCCAGUCAGUUAUUGCCUCUUCCAGAAUUUGAUCAGAUUUUCCCUUAUCCAGACCUCGGUCAGAUGCCGUCUCCUCCACCAUCUUCUACAUUAAAUAACACUUUUAUGCCAAGGGAAUUUAAUGCACCAGUUGUAAUAGGCCUCAGUGGAGAUGAUGGAGAUUACAUUGAGAUCAUUCCAAGGCAGAAGGAAGAGAGCAGUGAGGAAGAUUAUGUUGAAGUUAAUUACGUGGCCUAUAAUGACCCUUACCAAACUGAUAUUAGGACAGACAUCAACUCCUUCAGAAAUCCUGACAAUAUUGCAGCAUGGUACCUCCGCAGCAACAAUGGAAACAGAAAAUAUUAUUACAUUGCUGCUGAAGAACUAUCCUGGGAUUAUGCAAAAUUUGCACAAAGUGAAAUGGAUGAUGAUGAUGUUCCAGAGGACACUAUAUACAAGAAAGUAGUUUUUCGAAAGUACCUUGAUAGCACUUUUAGCAAACGUGAUCCUCAAGGAGAGUAUGAAGAGCAUCUUGGCAUUCUUGGUCCUGUUAUUAGAGCUGAAGUGGAUGAUGUUAUCCAGGUUCGUUUUAAAAAUUUAGCAUCCAGACCAUAUUCUCUUCAUGCCCAUGGGCUUUCCUAUGAAAAAUCAUCAGAGGGAAAGACUUAUGACGAUGACUCUCCUGAAUGGUUUAAGGAAGAUAAUGCUAUUCAACCAAACAGCAGUUAUACAUAUGUGUGGCAUGCCACUGAGCGAUCAGGGCCAGAAAGUCCUGGCUCUGCCUGUCGCGCUUGGGCCUACUACUCAGCAGUGAACCCGGAGAAAGAUAUCCAUUCGGGCUUGAUAGGUCCCCUUCUGAUCUGCCAAAAAGGAACACUUCAUAAGGAGAGCAACAUUCCUGUGGACAUGAGAGAAUUUGUCUUACUUUUUAUGGUCUUUGAUGAAAAGAAGAGCUGGUACUAUGAAAAGAAGCCCAAAAGGUCUCGGAGUCUCACAUCCUCAGGAGCAAAAAACUCCCAUGAGUUUCAUGCCAUUAAUGGGAUGAUCUACAACUUGCCUGGCCUGAAAAUGUACGAGCAAGAGCGGGUGAGGUUGCACCUGCUGAACAUGGGCGGCUCCCGAGACAUUCAUGUCGUUCACUUUCAUGGCCAGACCUUGCUGGAAAAUGGCACUCAACAGCACCAGUUAGGAGUCUGGCCCCUUCUGCCUGGUUCAUUUAAAACUCUUGAAAUGAAGGCAUCAAAAGCUGGCUGGUGGCUCCUAUGCACAGAGGUUGGAGAAAACCAGAGAACAGGGAUGCAAACUCCAUUUCUCAUCAUAGACAAAGAAUGUAAGAUGCCAAUGGGAUUAAGCACUGGUAUCAUAGCUGAUUCUCAGAUCAAGGCUUCUGACUAUAUGAGUUAUUGGGAGCCCAAAUUAGCAAGAUUAAACAAUGGCGGAUCAUAUAAUGCUUGGAUCACAGAAAAACUUUCAAGGGAAUCUGACUCUAAACCUUGGAUCCAGGUGGACAUGCAAAGGGAAGUCCUAUUAACAGGGAUCCAGACCCAAGGAGCCAAACACUACCUGAAGUCUUACUACACCACCGAGUUCUAUGUGGCCUAUAGCUCUGACCAGACAAACUGGCAGAUCUUCAAAGGAAACAGCGCAAAGAAUGUGAUGUAUUUUGAUGGCAAUUCAGAUGCCUCUACAAUAAAAGAGAAUCAGUUUGACCCACCUAUUGUGGCUAGAUAUAUAAGGAUCUCUCCAACUAGAUGCAAUAACAAACCUGCCCUUCGAUUGGAGCUGCAAGGUUGUGAGGUUAACGGAUGCUCCACGCCGCUGGGUAUGGAAAGUGGAAAGAUAGGAAACAAGCAAAUCACAGCUUCGUCAUUUAAAAAAUCUUGGUGGGGUGAUUACUGGGAACCCUUCUAUGCCCGCCUUAAUGCCCAGGGCCGUGUGAAUGCCUGGCAAGCCAAGGCAAACAACAACCAACAGUGGUUACAAAUUGAUCUGCUCAAAAUCAAGAAGAUAACUGCAAUUGUAACACAGGGUUGCAAGUCUUUGUCCUCUGAAAUGUAUGUAAAGAGCUACACCAUUCACUACAGUGACCAGGGAGAGGAAUGGAAACCUUACAGGCAGAAAGCCUCGAUGGUGGACAAGAUUUUUGAAGGAAAUACUAAUAUCAAAGGACAUGUGAAGAACUUUUUCAACCCACCAAUCAUUUCCAGGUUUAUCCGAAUCAUUCCAAAAACAUGGAAUCAAAGUAUUGCACUUCGCCUGGAACUCUUUGGCUGUGAUACUUACUAGAAUUGAAUAUUCAAAAAAAUAGAGGGACUCUUAAAGAUAUCAAACCAAUUAGAGUAGGCAAGGUAUUUUAUAGCUAUUUUAAAUAUUAAUAAUUUUCCACUAUUUCCCUUUUUUCUGUUAGAGAAUAAAAUUUUAUAUA